UUCUCUUGAGGACAGCAGUAGCAACAGCAGCAACAGCAGCAGUGGCGGCAGAAGCAACUGCAACAAUUCCUGGAAUCAUGGCAGAGUAAAAGACUAUUCAACAGGAGGUGAAGAUAGAAAGGAUUUUUCUCAAGUUAGUUAGUUCUUUCGUUUUCUGGGUCAAGCUGUGGACCUUCCUUUGAUGAGCUCUUCUCAUCAUGAGUGGACCUUUUGAUAAGAAGAUUACCAGCAUUUUGACUGACAUUUCCAGCUCAAUCAGUUGCCAAGCAGGCACCAAAGAUUCUCCUACUCUUCCUGAAUCGUCUAUCACGGACCUGGGAUACUACAGCACUCCUCAUGCUCAGCAUGAAUAUUACCCCAGCCAGCCUUAUACUCAGCCUAUGAAUCCCUAUGCAUACCACCCCCAAUUUAACUUCAAUGGGAUGGGGGCACCGGGGACAUACUCCCCCAAACCUGACUAUCCUUACAGCACUUCAUAUAGGCAAUAUGGACCUUUCCGGGACCAGCAGUUACCGAGCCAAGAAACAGUUGCAGUGAAGGAAGAACCUGAACCUGAAGUGCGGAUGGUCAACGGGAAAGCAAAAAAAAUCCGAAAGCCCCGCACAAUUUACUCUAGUUACCAGCUGGCUGCUUUGCAAAGGCGAUUCCAGAAGGCGCAGUACCUGGCGUUGCCAGAGAGGGCAGAGUUGGCUGCACAACUUGGACUGACCCAGACUCAGAUUUUCUCCCUCACUGGAUGGAUGGAUGGAAGGAAGGAAGGAAGACCUAGCAGUUGCAAAACAACACAAAACAAAGCUCCAGCAGUUCCAGCAUCUUCUUCAUUCCCAAGAAUGACUCUGUGUCCCCUAAGCUUCUUAAAAAUGCAAAUGACAAGAGGCUGCCACACACAAUGCAAAAGAUGACAGCAUAUUUAAUGCAGAUUAAAAUGAUUCUUUAGUAAAAUGAAUGCAGUAGAAUAAAGAUAGACCAGGAUUGGAAGUCCCCUUCCUGAUCUAUUUUACACUUAUGAUUUAUAUUCCAUACUUGGGUCUCUAGAAAGGCUGACUUCUGGUUAGAUUCUCUCCAGACCAUGUCUUGCUUUUCCACAUUUUUUUUCUCAAACCAAAUGCUGCCCCUGCACCUGAGCAUAUUAUUUAUACAGCUCUCCUCGGCUUCUCCGAAUAUAAAAGAGAUGGAAGUAAGCUUGCACAAGAAACGCCUGGCUGUAUUAUUUUCAGUUCUGUCCUGAACAAAGACAAAAAUAAUAAUUCUGCCUACUUAAAUGAGCCAGACCCAUUUUAGAAUAUAGACCAACAGGGGAUUGUAAAACUUAGGAAAUGCAGAUUGUAUUACUUUACAGACCUUACUGAGUCUAGCAUUGGACUAAAUGAGUGGUGAGAACCCUAGGCCUAGCACCCUUUCUUUUUAUAGCUGUUGGAACAUCCCAUAGUAGGAUGUUGAAUUCUCAUUUUAAGGAAUUAGACCUAUAACUGAAAGGAACUUGCUCUCAUUCACUUUGAUCAAAUUAGCCCUAUCCUUGUAAAGUCCUCAAAGCAUCUUUUCUGUUAAGAAGACUGCAACCUUAACAGUAACUGCAUUAAAUUGAAGGAGAUCUAGAUUUUAUCCCCACUGACUAACUUUACACAAGUUGCCCCUCUUAUUUUAGCUUACUAAGCGUAGAAAAGUGAAGUAAGCCAAUGAGCUACCUAGAAGCUUCUGGGAGGACAAAUGGGAUACAAGUCUAAUUAAUAAAUUAAAAGCCCUGGAUUUGAUUCUUCCACCCAGCAAUAUUUGCACACAGGGCUCAACACUCUCCCCAGUUGCCCUGAAUACAGGAUGAAGUCUUGUUGCACGACUCUGAGUCAAUCAAAGCCCUUGAGGUCUUGCCAGAAGAAAGGGUGUUUUACAGCUGACACAACAUAAACAAAGAGGCAAACAUUCUGGGGGUGGCAAGCACCUCCUGUUUGUCCUCCUGCACCUGAGGGGGAGGCCGAGAGCUCGUGAGUCAUUGUUGAGGCACUCCAUCCAUGCCCUGUGGAAGAGCUGCUGUCAUCUGCUGUGGAAGCUCCUUGCUGAAGUCUGUCACAGCCCAAGGGUUGUUUAUCCACUUUGGAGCCUGCUUGGGCAGACCUGGAUUGGGGAUAGGGCAGGGGAAUGAAAAGGCGGUGUUGAAAUUUGUUCUGAAGAUGAGAAACCAUUCGGGCAUUGAGACAACUCAGGAGAUAGGCUUCCUAGCUUAGCUGGAUUUGUUGGCUUUUCCAAAGUCCUGACAUGUGAGGAAGCUCAAAUAUAAAAACUAUGGAGCUUAGGUUGAGGGACAGUGGCCGUCCUGACCACAUGACUGGAAAAAAAUUCAAAUGGGGACCCUAUUUUCACCCAAAGUUUUGCCCAAACAUUGGGUGUCACAAUGUUCAUAACACACGGACAUAACACCUGAUGCACAAGACUUCAUGCUCCUUGAAAGCUUUGGCUCUUGAUAUCAAAUUGUAAUUUAUACUCUGACAGAAGGAGAAAAAUGUUAUAUUCAAGACUGAUCAGUAAUUAUACUGAUUGUUUAAUUAAACUGGAUGUGAAAUGUGGAUUUUGGCUAAUUGCUUUUUAGAGUUCCCUAACAUACUAUUCAAAUGCUCAGUGUGUCUCUCAGACUGUCCCAAACAUUCAUUUAAACUGAACUGCCCUUAUGAAGCAUGGUUAAAUCUGGAAUAUUUAACAGGAAAACUUAAGCUUGAUAUUGUGGCACAAACUGUGCUGCUAUAAAAAGGAAAACUCUGAUAUCAAUGUGGCACCUUCAACAAACUUAUUAAAUGUCUUAAGCUGCCCUCCAAACUGCAGUGUGGAGGACUAAAAGACCCCCAACUGUGUGGGUCAUCUACAAGUGUAUACCCUGAAUGCUUUUUUGAUGCCAAGAUCCAUUCUUUAAAAAUAUUUGCUUCACUUCCUGAAGGCCACUGGUAGGACUGAACUAAUGCACUGUUCACUAGAAAGAUAAUUUGUCCCACGUUCAACUUCUUCAAGUUGGAGAGUUUAGCAAAAUAAAGGGGGAUAGUACACUUAUUUUAUUAUAAUUCCAAGGGAAAAAUUGUGUACCUGUAUGUUGGUGGUUUGGUACAAAAUGUUGGGAAUGCAAAUUUAAGGUGCUUCAAGAGCUAUAUAAUU